CCAACCGAAAUCGAUCAUCUCUGCCGCGGCGCUGCUUCCAGAUUAACUGGAAAACCAAGCUGACACAUAUAUUUGUCUCACUCUCACUGUCUGCUUUUCCCAUAAGAUAUUUUUGUAGCUAUUGAACAAAGCCUAAUGUCAUAUGGCCAUUGUAGGUUUGUGGACAAGAAUUCCGUUACUCAAAAUUACGUACGUAUUGCGCGUUGCUGUUUGCUGGCUAUUUAUGUGUGCACUAAGGAGCAGGAAAGCGUUUGUUAAUAAAUUAAACAAAAGAAAAACGAUUACGGCAUGGGAAAACCGACGAAUAUCAACCUGGAAACUAAUUUCUCCUCUUGCCAUGGUCAGAAGCAAAGCGAUGUGGAGUGCCUAGUGCUCGAAACUGCGACGCGCAUUGAAGGCAUUAUAGGGAAAUACAACCAAAAUAAUGAAAAUGCGUUCUUCGUCGGUCAGACGGAAAAUAAAGUUCGAUUCCCAUUCCUUGAAAGUGGAGACGACAACAGCGUCCUUGACUGCGCUCCAUUGUUGGGCGGCCAUGCAUGCGCCAAUAAAAAAGAAUACAUCAACCAUGAGAAGAUCGAGGCACAGCCUGAGUCGUCUUUCGAGGAAGAGGCACAGCCUGACUCUUCAUUCAAGGAAAAGGCACAGCCUGACUCGUCUUUCGAGGAAGCGGCACAGCCUGACUCUUCAUUCAAGGAAGAGGCCCAGCCUGACUCUUCAUUCAAGGAAGAGGCCCAGCCUGACUCUUCAUUCAAGGAAGAGGCACAGCCUGACUCUUCAUUCAAGGAAGAGGCGCAGUAUGACUCUUCAUUCAAGGAAGAGGCACAGCCUGACUCUUCAUUCAAGGAAGAGGCACAGCCUGACUCUUCAUUCAAGGAAGAGGCACAGCCUGACUCUUCAUUCAAGGAAAAGGCACAGCGUGACUCGUCUUUCGAGGAAGAGGCACAGCCUGACUCUUCAUUCAAGGAAGAGGCACAGCCUGACUCUUCACUCAAGGAAGAGGCACAGCCUGACUCUUCAUUCAAGGAAGAGGCGCAGUAUGACUCGUCUUUCGAGGAAGAGGCACAGCCUGACUCUUCAUUCAAGGAAGAGGCACAGCCUGACUCUUCAUUCAAGGAAGAGGCACAGCCUGAAUCUUCAUUCAAGGAAGAGGCACAGCGUGACUCUUCAUUCAAGGAAGAGGCACAGCCUGACUCUUCACUCAAGGAAGAGGCCCAGCCUGACUCUUCAUUCAAGGAAGAGGCGCAGUAUGACUCGUCUUUCGAGGAAGAGGCACAGCCUAACUCUUCAUUCAAGGAAGAGGCACAGCCUGACUCGUCUUUCGAGGAAGAGGCACAGCCUGACUCUUCAUUCAAGGAAGAGGAACAGCCUGACUCUUCACUCAAGGAAGAGGCCCAGCCUGACUCUUCAUUCAAGGAAGAGGCGCAGUAUGACUCGUCUUUCGAGGAAGAGGCACAGCCUGACUCUUCAUUCAAGGAAGAGGCACAGCCUGACUCUUCAUUCAAGGAAGAGGCCCAGCCUGACUCGUCAUUUAAGGAAGAGGCUAUAAUCCUGCCCGGUGAGACGAAAGCUCAGCUGGUAAAAUCCAAGGAUGAUGGGCUGAUCGGAGAUGGCACUGCUGCUUCUUCGACAUAUAGCUACGACAGUGAUGACAUCGUAGUGGAGAAGCAGGAAAAGGAUAAGGAAUCUGGAAAUUGCUUCCGUGGACAGGCCAUACCGAAGUGUUGUUUGACGGAUUCAGUUUUUAUGAUCGAUAGACCCUUAUGUGCAGUGAUGUUGAAGCAGGAGCUGCGCCGCUUCUCCUUGUUGUCCUUGGACGCCGUCAAACGCCAAGACAAAUUCAAAAUCAUUGUAACCAAUGUGUACAGCCCCUUUCAGUUUUGGUUCCAAAUCGCUGAGGAAAAUUAUGCUCGCGAUCUGGAAAAUCUGCAUUUGCAGAUAAGCGACUUUUUCCACAAACGGCACCUACCCAACGAAAACAGAUACCAGAAGCCUAUCACUCGGUUUUUCCUACGUCCUGGAUACAUUUGUGCCGCCCGUUCAAAUUGGGGUGGCUGGAAGCGGGUUCGCAUUGUGUCCGCACCACAGGAGAAUGCUACGGACGUUUCUGUCUUCUACGUGGACUAUGGCCGUCUGGAGAAGUGUGCAAGCGAAGAACUACGGUUUUUACCAAAUGUGUUCACCAAUAUUCCGGCCAUGGCCGUCAGGGGAGCACUCUCGCAUAUCCAUCCGCUGAAUCACACUUGGCCGGCCGACGUAACGGAGGAGCUCCGUGCCGCACUUUUGUGUCGCGAGACGUUUGCCCAUAUCAUUGAGGCGGACCAGCAGGAUGAGAUCUAUUCAAUCAAAAUAUACGAACACAACCGGUCUGAUGAGUCGCUAAACAGCAAAAUGAUUCUGGAGAAACUCGCGGGCGAAAGCGAUCAUUUUGACGAGCGUAUCAUCAAACAGCAUUGUGGCCGCCGCAUUCGCUACUUGUGCGAGCGUCUCCCCACCUUUGAAAUGCUCGAGACUGGUGUGUUUCCCAUGGAUGCGGAUAAGGAUCUAGAUUUUGUGAAAUAUUUCAAUGAAAUCAUGUCCGCAACAUCGUAUUUUAGGGAAUUUAAGAUUCCCCCGAGCCACAACCCCCUUCUGCAGGACCUGGAAAAGGCGCUGCGUGACUGGAUGGUUGGCUACAAAAAGGAGCAGAUGCCCUUGCAGAAAUUGCAGAGGGAAGCCGCGCUCAAGGCUAAGGAGAAGGAGGAAGAGCGUCGCACUUAUUACGAAAAAUUCUUUUACAAAAGAAAGGAUUAUAAAUAAAAUAAACAUCUACAAUCGCAUCUAUUAA